GCGGGCCCUCCUUUUCUGCUGGCUCCAUUUUGCGAGGUGCUGUUAGCGGGUGGGCGUGCAGGCUGCUACCGCUUCGUCCCCUUCUCUGCCUGUCGGCUUUGCAGCGCCGCCCUUGUUGUCCUCAUCAUGACGGACCGUUACACGAUCCACAGCCAGCUGGAGCACCUGCAGUCCAAGUACAUCGGGACGGGCCACGCGGACACCACCAAGUGGGAGUGGCUGGUGAACCAGCACCGGGAUUCCUAUUGCUCCUACAUGGGCCACUUCGACCUGCUCAACUACUUCGCCAUCGCUGAAGACGAGAGCAAGGCCCGCGUCCGCUUCAACCUCAUGGAGAAGAUGCUGCAGCCGUGCGGGCCGCCGGCGGACAAGCCCGACGAGUCUUAGGCCUGGAGCCUCGCAGCCGCCUGACGCUUCCCGACCCACCGACUGACGCAGCACGAGGAGGAGGAGGAGAAACGGCGGCAACGGGGACCUGCCGCCAAGCCCACACCAGGAGAGCCAUGAACUUCGCGGAGCCCCGCCGUCCGCGGCCCAAGCCCGCCUUCUCUGGGACAGACAGACCUUCUCCGCGCUUGCUUGGCGUUUCGGCCGACUUAAGCUCGGCUCUCUCGCUCCUUCACAGCAGGGAGGGCAGUUUGUGACUUCGCGGUGAGCGGUGGAAAGCCGCGGCCGCGAGACUGAGGGGCCCACGGCGGAUAUGUUGCUCUUCGGACUCGGGGCAGGCUGCGUGCAGGUGGUUGGAUUUUAAGGACUUGUGACGGCGAUGUGCCCCUCACCCUAAUCUUUUCUAGCGUUUUGGCAACUUUCUAUAAUAAAUGUCACGCUGCGGUGUUUUAUAA